UUUUUCUACUGAUAGGUUGCUGUUUUGGGGAUAUGUAGAUAACAUAACUGCUUGCGAAAAGUACUUUACUUCAGGUGCUAAUAUUUCGGCUUGCCUGAUCCGCAUGCUGAAUACAUCACUUUCGUGGGACCCCCCUGAAUUGCUGCUUAUGGGUUCUCAGAGCGUAGGUAAUAAUUCAGAGGGAUGCAUAUGUUUUGAACAAUUUGCCUUACAAGGAUCGCUUUCCCAACGUGGGAUUGCGCAGGAUCUCCUUAAGAGGGGUAGGCCUUUGUUGUGGGACUCCAGCCGUAAUAGAACCAUCCCACACACGCUUGUUAACCCGCUGAACAGUGCGGUGUUCAGGUGGUCUGGCCUGUACUGUGGGUCCGUGGUAAAUCGUACUCGGCAGUGGUAUAAUUUCAAAACCGCAAAUGGGUGGAAAGGUUCCCUGUGUAACAAUUGUACAUUGCCAGAGCAGUGGUGCAAUAUCACCACGAGUGACUGUUGCUGCAACAUCACACAAUCUUGGCCGCAGGGAGGGUACGGAUACGCCCGCAGGAGGCCACAAUAUAAUGUCGCCACCGGAAAACUAUGGAAAGGUAAAUUUGAUGAUAAUGGUCUGGAUAGGAGUAAUGAGAGAGUUAGUGUUGUCGGAGGUUCAAAGAUGUUACCACCAGGGGUGUUCCUGGUAUGUGGUGACAGGGCUUGGCAGGGUAUCCCGAGGAUACCGGUGGGGGGACCAUGUUACCUGGGGAAAUUAACUAUUCUAUCACCAAGCAUCUCUGAGUGGGUACAAUUGGUCAGGGACAUGAGUAAAGGGACUCGGAAAAGGCGAAGUAUUCCCACCCUAGGAUCAGACUGCGGUGACGAGGUACACCUUUGGGGACCAACGGCACGAAUAUUUGCAUCCAUCCUGGCUCCGGGAGUAGCCGCAGCUCAAGUGCUUAAGGACAUAGAAAGACUAGCUUGUUGGUCCGUGAAACAGGCCAACAUGACUUCUGCGCUCCUAAGCGAACUACUCAUGGACACUGAUAGCCUUAGGCAUGCUGUGCUCCAGAAUAGAGUGGCGAUCGACUUCCUACUCCUGGCACAGGGUCAGGGAUGCAACGACUUUGAAGGGAUGUGUUGUUUCAAUUUAAGCGAUCACAGUGAAUCGCUACAUAAGAAGUUACAACUGUUAAAGGAACAUACAAAAAAGAUUGGAAUACAGGAAGAUCCCUUCGGAAAUUGGUUGGAGAAUUUGUUUGGUGGGAUUGGGCCAUGGCUUAAGCAGUUGCUUAAAGCGUUAGUAAUAGGGCUGUUUAUAUUUUUGGGGUUAAUGUUGUGUUGUGAUGUAUCUUUCGAUGUUUACGAGGUUGUAUACAACGAAUGACUGAGAAAAUGAUCUACACGCAAUUGGAAUAUUGUAGG